UUCUCCGGAUUUUAGUUUAGAAUAUAUAUAUAUGAUAUUGGAAAUAAAUUAUUAUAAAAUUAUAACUUGUUCAUUACUUAUAGAUUUGCCGAAAAUCUACUCCCAGAAGAACUCUUAUCUCCCUCUCCAUGGAAACUCAAACAUCCUCUUCUUCAUGGUUUCUAAUUCUAUCCCUUCUCGCCAUCACCUCAUCCUCUGAAGCUUCCAACGAGAAAACUAUCGGUCGCGUCUGCCCUCCUUCAUCCUGCGGCAGCAUCCGCAACAUAAGCUACCCAUUUCGACUCAACGGCGAUCCAACCAACUGCGGCGUGUCGUUUUACACCCUCUCAUGCGAAAACAACCUCACAAUCCUAAACCUAUACUCCGGAAAAUACACCGUCCGAUCAAUCAACUACGACAACAACACAAUCCGAGCCGUCGAUCCCGGCCUCCGCAAAAACGACUGCUCCUCUCUUCCUCGCUAUUCUCUGUCGCCUUCCAACUUCAGCUUCCAAGAUCCGUACAAAUGGUCAAGUUCAAAUUGCACGCAAAUAUGCAGAAGUUCGAGCCCAAUUAUUUAUUUGAAGUGUGAAAGAGUUCCAGCCAAUUCGUCGCUGUAUGUGGACGCAAGUUCUUGCAUUGGUAGCAGGGGUUAUUAUUAUGUGAAGGCGGGGACCCUAACGACGUCGGAUUUGGAGGACGGGUGCAGGGUAGAUCGGACGGCUAUAACGACGUUGUAUGAAAAGGAUCAAAACGGUUCGUAUCAGCAUAUACAUGAGGCACUGGAGUUUGGGUUUGAGCUUGAGUGGCGCCCUGAUUUGUAUACGCGUUAUUCCUGCAGAGGAUGGGACUUUUCUAGGAAUUGUUAUCCAAACCGGUUCAUAGGUUUCUUUCAGUCUCUAUUUGAAUGGAUGGAUGACCAACGAUAUGCAGUACUCUUGAUCCUCGGAGUUUUUGUUAUGGCAAGAUUUGUAUUUGGCCUUCCAUUUGUCAUUGCGGUUUUGGUCUAUAAAUGGAGAAGAAGGCAUUUGUCUAUGUAUAGCAGCAUUGAAGAUUUUCUGCAAAAUGAAAGAAACUUUGCACCAAUAAGGUACUCUUACUCAGAUGUUAAGAAGAUGACUAGUAAAUUCAGGGAAAAAGUGGGCGAAGGAGGUUACGGCACUGUUUUCAAGGGAAAGUUACGCAGCGGCCGAUUUGUAGCAAUUAAGAUGUUGGGCAAGUCCAAAGCUAAUGGGCAAGAUUUCAUCAAUGAGGUAGCGACCAUUGGGAGGAUUCACCAUGUUAAUGUGGUACAACUUGUUGGCUACUGUGUUGAAGGAUCAAAUCGCGGUCUAGUGUACGAUUUCAUGCCUAAUGGUUCUCUUGAUAAAUACAUUUAUUCAAAAGAUGGAAGUGUCCCUUUAAGUUGUAAGAAAAUGUAUGAGGUUGCUCUCGGAGUGGCUCUCGGAAUCGAAUAUCUACAUCAAGGUUGUGACAUGCAAAUUCUGCAUUUCGAUAUCAAGCCACACAACAUUCUUCUUGAUGAGAAUUUUGUACCGAAAUUGUCUGACUUUGGUCUUGCAAAAUUGUACCCAACAGAUAACAGCAUUGUGAAUUUGACAGCGGCAAGGGGAACAAUGGGAUAUAUUGCUCCUGAGUUGUUCUACAAAAAUAUUGGAGGUGUAUCGUACAAAGCAGACGUGUAUAGUUUUGGAAUGCUGCUGAUGGAAAUGGGUAGUAGAAGAAAGAAUUUCAAUGCAUUGGUGGAGCAUUCAAGCCAAGUUUACUUUCCUCCAUGGGCGCAUGACCAAUAUAGUGAGGGCAAAGACUUGGAGAUUGGCGAAGGUACAGAGGAGGAAAAGAAAAUAAUAAAAAAGAUGAUAAUGGCUGCCUUGUGGUGUAUUCAGAUGAAGCCAAGUGAUCGUCCUUCAAUGAGCAAAGUCAUAAAUAUGCUCGAAGGAGAUGUUGAAAACCUACGAAUGCCUAACAAACCUUUCCUUAGUGUGGAAGAGAUGCCGGUAGGCCAUGUUCAAGAGAAUUCCAAUCCAACUUGUUCUAACAAGGAGCUAACAUGCACUGUGUCAGGUAGGUGACGAAAAAAAAAUAAAAAAUUGGAGCCAUACGCUGGUCAAACAAAUGCCCCUUAUGAAUUACAUAGUGUCUCCCAUUUUCGUAGAAAAACAUUAU